AUGAUUACGCCCAUUCUACUCGUCUCGCUGUGCUCAAUCAUUUGCUUCUUCAUAUUCAGCCAUUUUGCGACAGCAUCACACGGUCCCAAUGAACCACGCCUGAUCCCCUCUCGCAUCCCUUUCUUCGGUCAUCUUCCCGGCAUGAUCCGACAUGGAUCGAGCUACUAUGGCAUGAUCGCUAAGAAACACAACCUGCCGAUAUUCACUCUCGGCGUGCCCAAAAGCAAGAUCUACAUCGUUACCUCGCCUCAGCUGAUAUCUGCGAUUGAUCGUCGCUCCAAGACCAUCUCGUUCGCUCCCUACGUCGUGCAGUUUGCAAAGAGGAUGCUGAAACCCAGCCAACAUGCGAUUGAGAAGCUGGGGGAGAACCUGCUGGAGGAGAAGGGCCCUGUGGGACUCCGUCCGGAGACACUCAAGGCCAUGCACGACUCGCUUGUCCCCGGGCCAAACCUGGACGCCAUCUCAAAGGUGAUGCUACGAGGGAUUUCAACCUAUCUUGAUCCUGCCUCCGUUCAGGAAUCGUCUGGGAGCGGACGCAUCAGGUUGUUUGAGUGGACGCGCAGAUUCGUCACCAGGGCGAGCACCGACGCCGUGUACGGGCCGGAGAAGAACCCGUUUCACGACCCUGAGGUAUACGAUGCGUUCUGGACCAUCGACGAGCAGUUCAUUCUCCUUGGGCUGAACGUGCUGCCAGGCCUCAUCACCCCUCGCGGCAGCCGAGCACGGAAGCUCUUCUUCGACGCCAUGCACAGGUACUACAGCGAAGACGGCCCAAGUACAGCCUCUGCGCUCAUCAGGUCCCGCCACGCCGUGAGCCUGCAGCACGGGCUGUCGCAGACAGACAUGGAGCACUUCAACCUGAGCGUCUCGUACGGCCUGCUCGUAAACACCGUGCCGACGGCGGCCUGGGUGCUGUACCACGUCUACUCCGACGAGUCCCUGCUCGCCAGUCUCAGACGGGACAUUGGCGCCUUUGUUCGGAGAGAAGAGGAGGCCACUGCGAGCAUCAACCUCCCCGAGGUCAUCGCCGGCUGUAGACUGCUCGACUCGCUCGUGCGCGAGGUGCUCCGCGUCCACAGCACAAACGCCUCCGGGCGCGUCGUGCUGCGGGACACGCUCAUCGACGACAGGUACAUGCUCAAAGAGGGCGCCACGCUCCUGACCCCCUCGGCCGAGCUGCACCGCAACGCGGACGUCUGGGGUCCCACGGCGUCGGCCUUUGACGCGGGGCGGUUCCUCGGGCAGAAGAAGGUGCCCGGAUCGGCGUACCGCGCGUUCGGGAGCGGUGCGAGCGUCUGCCCGGGCCGGUUCUUCGCCACGAACGAGAUCUCGGCGAUCUUGGUGAUGAUGCUGCCGAGGUACGACGUGAGUCCUGCGCAUGGGCGGUCGUGGGUCGUGCCCAAGACGAAGAGUCAUAUCACGACGAGCAUCAUGACGCCUGUGGAGGACAUUGAGGUGCGGAUCACGGAGAGAGAGGAGGCCAAGGGGGUUAAGUGGACGUUUACGUGGGAGGCGGAGGAGGAGAAGAGGCAGGAUUGA